AUGUUGGAUGUGAAGUGGGAGAUGUGCGGUGGGAACCGGACCUUCAUCGUGGCAUUCAACUCUGAUGUUCAGCAGGCGGUGGGAAAAGCCACCAGACCAAUUGGUGCAGAAUUUGAUGGUGAGACACCCAUGGUUGAGAAGGCCGUGGCAGAACACAUUUUUGCCUUCAUCAACUACUCGGACAGUCGCUCACAACACCGUAUUGAGAAGUACAUUGACUUUACAAACACCGCAAAGGCCUUUCGAAAAUGGAGCGAGCAGUCGAUGGACGAUUACGGAGCAUUGUAUCCUAUUUGCCUGGAAGAGUGGUUUCCCGAGGGAAUCAAUUCUGCCAAAGUCC